AUGGCAGAAACGGAGAUAUACACCGAUGAAGACCUCUCAAAUCUAAAUUCACUAGAUUUAGCAGCGCUCUGGGCAGAAUUGCACCAGCGCCUCAAACCAGAGAAUCACCGACUGACACAUGGCGAGUUCUGCGCGUUCCGCGGAGCUCUAAUACGGAACCCGAUCGUGGCAGCAGCCGCAGAUCUAGACGAAGAUUAUCCCGGACUUUUCCAAAAAGUUCAAUAUUACCUGAGCGACCCUCUUUCCAAGGACUACCUAUAUCGCGCGGCAGGAUCUUUCCCAGACCACGCGACCGUGCUUCAAAGUGCCGGUAACUUGGACAGCGACGUCGAGUACAACAAUGACAAACUUGAAGACAAAGACAAAGACCCCGAGGCCGAGGCCAAGGCAGCCGAGCCAGAUCUAGUUACCGGCGCUAUUCUUGCUGAUUGUGAGUACUGCGUGACUUGGCUUUAUGAAUUAGAUGUUAUCAUGUCUGGACACGUUGGUUAUAAUGAGCAUGGCUGGUCGCUUCUGGGUGUGGCUGUCAAAGCCGAUGCGAAGAAGGUUAUUGAACUAUUGAUAAAUCACUCCGGCGAUGAGCCUGGGCCUAUUCAACCGCAUAGAAUAUGGUCUGAUAGGAAGGAAGGAUGCUCGAUAUUGAAAUAUGCCGCGUCGGCGCAGUAUCCUAAUCUAGGGCAAGAUAAUUGUUUCUGGGCACUGCUAGAUUGGUGUGAUUCUUUUAUGGAAGAGGACGAUUCCCGAAUUCAGGCCGAGCUAGACCAAUUGGACAAAUACAAAAUUAGUCAAUUAGGCUCAGUUCGAGUUGCGAAUCGUUUAAAGGAGUUCGGCGUCGAUUUGGCUCAGACUGCUUCGGGGCCGCAGGGACAGGGUAUAUGGCAUGCUGCGGCGAUUCAUCAGAAUAUUAUAUUCUUGACAUGGUUGAAUGAGGUUUAUCGCUCCGGUAUCACUGAUCGCGAUAGUCAGGGUAGAACACCUCUAGUGUACGCGAUCCGACGUGGGAGACUGCAAGCUGUGCAAUGGUUUCUUCAAGCAUUGAGCCCGCAUGAGUUCCUCCUGAAGGGGGAUGCUGGGCAAAUUCUACCCUCGCCACUAGAUAGCGCAAUCGAGUCUUUGAAUGUGCAUUGUGUUGCUAUUCUAAGAUGUGUCUAUACACACCAUACCCAUGAGCAUUUAUCGAAUGAUACAAACGCCAUUAUAGAGAAUAUAAACCGAUUGAUAGCCAGCUCAGCGGCACAAAAACGCAAGAUUGAGACGCGAUUUCGAAAUGGUACGCUCACUGACGGGCAGCGUCGCAUUCUUUGGAGAAAUGCUCGUGAAUGCGCGGGAGGGAAGUGUCAAAUCCUUCUUGAGGGUGCCUCGUCUAUAAUUUUCUACAAUGUGGCUUUUCGGAAAUGUUUAGAGACCGCUAAAAAGAGCAACGUGGGGUUUCUUCAGUAUUAUUUAACCGAUGAUAAAACAAAGAAAGGUCUUCGUUCGGGUGGAAGUUUAUUAUUGCCUUGA